CAUUCUCAAAUCAAUCUCUCUCAUUCUCAUCUAUUUAUCAUCUCUCAAAACAAAAACAUGUCAAGUAAGAGAGGACCCAAUUGGAAAGCUCAUGAAGAUGUAAACUUGUGCAAAUCUUGGAUAUCAAUAUCUGAAGAUGGAGCGGUUGGCAUCAAUCAAAAGAGCACGAGAUUAUGGGAAAGGGUGGAGAGGGAAUUUCGAAGAAGCGAUCCUACAACAAUUCGUACUACGGAUUCAAUGGAAUCCCGACUGAGACUUAUCAGUAACAAGUGUAAAGUUUGGAAGGGAGCUUUGCAGAGGGCGGAGAGGAGUCAAACGAGCGGUACCAACCAAGUUGAUGUGGAAUUUGUAGCAAGACAGAUAUAUAAGGAAGAGAAUGGGGACAAAGCCUUUGAACAUGAGCAUUGUUGGGUCAUCCUUCGAAAUUGCCCAAAGUGGUAUUGUGACCCUCAAUUGGUUGUCGGUCCAAUUCCACCUAUGGGUCAAGGUUCUCAAGGUUCUCCCAUAGGUAUUGGUUCUCAAUCCUCCCCUGUGGAAGGUCUCGACGACAUACCAGACGAGGGAGCUACGCCUUUCGUGCUGUCUCGCCCUGAAGGACGCGACAAACAAAAGGCAGCAAAAAAGAAAGGUAAGGUAGUUGCAGAGUCGUCAGACAUGUACACUACUCAACUGCUAGAGUUUGGUAAUGAUAUGAGAGAGAGGCAAAAGUCGAGGAUGGAGUACGAAAAUAGAAAAAUUAAUCUUCAAGAGAGGAGACUAGAGAGGGAAGCCGAGGAAUGGGCAUACAAGAGGCAAGUGAGGGUGCAGGAAGCGGAACAAUGGGCUCUUGAGAAGAAAGAGAGGGAGGCCGCAAUACUUCAACAAAAUAUGAAUAUUCUGGAGAAGGAUUUGUCAAAGAUGACACCAAGAAAGAAGAAAUUUUGGAGGAGUAAACAAAAUGACAUCUAUGGGUACGAUCAAGAUGAUCCCAACUCUAAUCCAGGAGAUGGCGGAGAUGGAGAUGCAAGUGGUGGAGGAGAUGGAGAUGAAAGUGGAGGUGAUUACUUUCCUGUUAUGGAUUAUGAUUAGAAGAAGGUCCUAUGUGUACUAAUUGAGGCUUUUAUUGCUUUAUGUGGUGUGUUGUGUGUUGUAUUUGAACUUUGAGCAUUUUCAUGUGUAAUAAAAAAACUAGUCGUUA